AUGACUAAGACAAAACCGACUUUAGAACAAUCACGUGUUCUACUAACUACUAAAAUUACCGCAUUAGCCAAUGAACUAAAAACAAAUACCAUGGACAUUCAGACCGCUUCUCUACGCUUUCCUAAAAUCGAAAAAUUAUUCGAUCAGUACGAUACAAAUGUCGACGAAUUAGAAAUUAACACACCUGAAGACAAAGAAGUAGAACUCGCGGACGGAAUUCGUAAAAUUUAUUACGAGCUUGCAGCUAAAAUAAAGACUCCUAGUCAAGACAUUCUUAACGCUACUAUUCAAUCUGCAAUUAACGCUUCAACUCUCAAUCGGACAACCGAAAAUCAACGACUUGCUAAGCUCCCUACCACGGAAUUACCAAAAUUCGAUGGUAACUUUGAAAAUUGGCUUUCCUUUAAAAAUACAUUUAAGACACUUAUCGACGGACGUAACGAUUUAGAUGAUCUUAACAAGUUUUUAUAUCUUCGCGGAUGUUUAACUGGUUCUGCUGCAAAUAAGCUCGCGCUUUUUAGUGCAAGAGCAGAAAACUAUACACGGGCUUGGGACCUUUUAACAGAAACUUAUCAGAAAGAGCGCGCUCUAGUUUUUAAACAUUAUGAUGCUCUUUUAAAUCUUAAUUCAAUAUCAAUUCCGACUAAUGAAAAUCUUACUAAAUUCAUAGAUGACGCUCGACAACACUUGAAUGAUUUAAAGUCAUUAAAAGCAACACCAACUGACGCAUUUAUAGUAAGAUUAUUAGAAUUUAAAUUGCCAACGGAAAUUAGAGAUAAAUGGGACGAAUCGUAUGAAGACGAUAACACCCUCCCAACAUUUGACGCAUUUAGCAAAUUUAUAAUAAAAACUGCUUUUCGACUCAGUACACGUAAACCUAACAAACAGCGUGACUCCGAUAACUCUUUCAAAAGACGACGUAAUGAACAUUCGAGUAAUAAUUUCAAGAAACAAAAAACAGAUACGCCAGUUCGAGCCUUAAUGACGACAACAACGAUUACCUGUCCAAACUGCAAACUGGCACAUCCUCUAUACAAAUGUCCUCAAUUCAAUUCAUUGACUGUUGACCAACGUGUUAAAUUUGUUAAAACUUCCCGACUCUGCCCCAACUGUUUACGUGAACAUAAAGGACCCUGUAAUUCCACCCACUGCAAACGCUGUCGCAAAUUUCACCACACUAUGCUACAUUAUGAACGAAGCUCAAACCCUUAUUCAAAUCAGAAUAAAAAUGCAAAAACAAACACCAAUACUACUGAAUCAACUGCAGUCACACCGGCUGUAAGGGGAUCUACUUCAUGA